AUCAAGAAUUUUCCAGUUGAUUUUGCAGAAUUCUUCUCAGGAGCAUCGCUAAAUAUGCAGCAGCAUGUGAAUGAAUUGUUAUAAUUUACCAGACAAAGACACAGGAGACAAAAGGUGGAGGAGCCCGGAGAGGACAGAGGGGCAGCAGGAUAUUGAAAAUAUUUGGAAAAUAUUUGUCAGCAAACAGUUAUUAAAAAGAAAACCUGUCUGCAUACACGCCUGAAGGUUCUUUGUAAUGGAGCCUGUAUUACUAAUGCUCAGAGUAAAUAUUCGCCGCAUGGCAAAUACGUUAAUUUCACGCCCGGCACACACAGGCAGCCAUGUGUUUCAUGUAUUCACAAGCUGAAAGAGGAAGAGAGAAAAUGCUAAACUGAGAGGACAGUAAAUGACAACACUGAAGCCGGGAUUCAGCCUGUCCUUUUUCUAAAAGGGCGAUGCGAUGAAGACUGUAAACAGGCCGUGAACAGGCUGUGGGCUCUGAGAUUAUUUCUUUGUCACCAGCCGAGCCACCAGUGUUGCUGAGCACUGCUGUGGAGCAAAUCCUCCCAGAAAGAACUGAUUGGAUUUUUGUUCCAGGGAGCCUUUUGUGUUAGCAGCAUAGGGACUAGAUAAUAGAGGUUGAUGCCACUCUGUCUCAGUGUUAUGGCUACUGAAUUGAGUUUUCGGACUCUGUGCGGGUGUGUGCGCGCGUUUCGCUACCGAAUGACUUGGAACAUAUAGACUCCACAUUCAAGUUUUCCCAAUCAGAUAAAAUGUUAAUUCCACCACCUGCCACUCUGCGGUGCGACCAUUUGGCGUGGCCAGUCAUGAAAACUUCAGGAGGUCUUAUCUUCUGGAGGAAACUCACAGUCCAGUAAAGGUCAUUGUCAGCGUCCUCUCUGGCUCAGAUCUACGUGCGCAGCGUUUAUGUCUGCCUGCUGGGCAUGUAUGCUGAGGAUGGUAUGCAUUAAUCACAAAUGUAUAAAUUAUGCAUCCCUUCAGGGAAAUUCUACUUUUAAUUGUCCAGUUUCAGCUCCUGCUCUAAACUCUGGUUUCCAUCCGCUGUCAGUGUCAAGACAUUUAGACUUUAUUUUCUUCUUGAUGUGCCCACGAAAUAAUCAUUUUCCUUAGAUCCUUGCACUUUUUUCAUUUUGUUCCUUAUUAAUUUAUUCAUCCAUUAUAUGUAUAAGUACCAAAUUUAAUACUUUUAUUGGUGCUGAAUGAUUUCAGUCCAUGCUGCAGCAUGCCAAGUCAUGUAAAAGAAAAACAGAAAUACAUGUGUCAAUGCAAAAAGGAUGAUAUUUUUAUAUAUAUUUAUAUGUAUAUGAUUAAACAAUUUAACAUUUCGUACUGCAUAAACAAAAAUGAGUACCGUUGAUUCCCAGCUAGCAGGUAUCAGUACCAAAUCGGUUCAAAUUACACGUAAUGACUAUCUGGUCAACUUGUUUGCUCACUCUCCAGCAGCCCAUUUUAUAUCAUCUAAGCAGCAAUCUCUAAAACCAAAUACCCAACUCAAGAGAGUAAAAAAUAUUUGGCAGUUUACUCAGCUAAAUUUUAAAGCCACAAUAGCAAUUUAACCACACCACAUCCGUGCACACUCUUAGGAAGAAGAGGUAAUGGUUGGACUGUUCCCUGGAGUUGUGAUGUUUCAUCCUUCAAGCUGUCAGGUGUUGCUUCCCAUCCUCACACACUAAAAGACAAUGCUACUUACUUUGUCAAGCCUCAAGGUUUAAUUGCUGUCAAAGCUAUUGUCACAGUGUCGGAGUUGGUUUGCCGGCUUAGUUGCAGGUGAGAAUUAAUCUUGCCGAGUUGCACAGUGUCGUUCUCCAAAUAUAUUGGUAUCAGCAAUAUUUUGACGGCUUAAAGAAAUGGAAUUUGUUUCUGUCUGUGAAAUAAUGGCAUUGAGAUAGAGGAAUAAUGCACCAAUAUUCUGGCGAUCUGGCUUUGUUUUCAUGAGCUGAGCUAAGAAUAAUUAGGAACCAUCUGUGUGUCAAGUGAGCUCAUGAGAAACCCUCUAACCAUUCACACCUGCUGCUAAGAAAACCUCAUUUUUUCUUCUAGAAAUUACUUUUUAUUUUAGUUUAUUGUAUUUUUGAAAUUCUGAAUUACAGGUGGGGAAAAAACAAAACUUGGAAUACUUAGAUAUGAUUCAGUUGUGUUGCUGUUAUGAAUCCUGUCAUGAUAUUCCGUGUCAAACUAAAGGCCCACAGGCCUCAUCUAGCCCAUCAAUAUCAUUAAAUAAAGUGUUUCAGAAACGAUAAGAAUUACAUAGUACAGAGCUGCAGCUGUUAGAGCGCUUCACUGAUGAGAUAUUCCAUUUUCCGUGUUUGUUUUUUGACCCUGGUGAUUGAAUUUGACGACUGAUAUUGAGGGUUUGCUUCACAUCCAUGCAGCAGCUGUGAAGGUGGACUCCAUGUUAAAUGAAUGUGAAAUGAUUGUUGUACUUGUGUUCAUCACAUCUGUGCCUUUAUUCGGAUUGCUGUUCCAAAUAAAUUGUGCAUCCUGUGACAGAAUCAUACAUUGUGUUGAGUUGGAUGGUGACCUUCCUAUCAGCAGACAGGGCAGUGUCUGGGUGGCCCGCUGUACUAGGGAUUCUAUUUUUGACAGCUCCGUGUCCCCGGGUGCGCCACCCCUAUCUGACCCCGCUCACCACCACCCCAGGUAGCGGUCCCCCGGCGACGGAGCAGAGCUGAACCAACUGCGUUUUAUCCGCUAUUAUCUGUCAGACGCUGCACCUGCGAGCCCGGCUGCUCCUUCACCAAAACGGCAGUUUACGGCUGCUCGGCCAAUCCCAGCGGCUCCCUGCUGUCAGUUACAUCAGCGAUGAGAAGUUCUCUGUUUGGCUCCAACUCUGUCUGACAGCCGCCCUGGAGGAAACAGUAAAAGAAGCAAAGGGAGGGAAAAGGAAAUGGGGAAAUACUGUUAUAUAAGCUGUAUUCCACCAGACCAAAGUCUGCCCAGCAGCCAUGUGCUGUAUCUCACCUGUCUGUCAGGCAAGUGGAGAUGAGAGAAGAAGAGACAGCGUUAAAGACAUAAGAAGUGUUCUCUUUGCCACCCAGCUUUUACGAUUUCUUCAUUUGUGUGUGACGUUUGAUGCUUGAACGCCGCCAUGUUUGUGUUCUUCAAACUGUUAUUACCUCUGUAAAUAAUGCGAUCUAGUGAGUCUCUUCUCUAGUCGGCCUAAAUGAACAAGAUCGAUACGGAGGCGCAGCAGGAGGGAGAGCGUCUCUAAUGAAUGUAAUUGACUGCUGCUGAAAUAUGAUCAGCAUUUCUCUGGUGGUCAUGAAACUUCUGAGGAGGAUCGAUGUCCGCGGGCAGACGACUGAAUCUGCCCAGCGUGGCAGCGGGGCGGGCGCUGAUACCACUCUAAAUAGUUAAUGAAGGAUUUAUUCACAGUAGGGAUGCAUUGUGCUUUUAUUUUCCCAGGCUUUCGUUCACUCAAAGGUUUAUUUCCAAGCCUCACGGCAUGAUUAACUGAUGCGCUUUUAUGAAACUGUGCUGCUCAUUUCAUGGCCUUUAAAUCGGCGAAUGCCUUCCUCACGGUUGAUUAGCAAUUGAUGUGGCUGUAAUUUAAAGGCCUAAUAAGAGAGCAGGAGGCCGGCACACCAGGCAGACCUGCAGUAUCCUGCUCUGUUGACAGACGCUGACAGAAAAUAAACGUUUAUCUCAAUCUGUCGUCUCAGAUCUUGACAUCCUUAUCUGUACUUUGCCUCGUGCAUUUCUUUAUCCUUCUGAGAAGUUGCCCUAAUAACAUUUCCGCUCUGACUAUCAAAUACCUGAUACUGUCACAAGGCUCGCUCGGCAGUCUGCGUGUUAGUUCUCGGGCUGAUGCUCCAUCCUGCCAAACGCCAUCAUCCACGCACCUGUACCGGCAUCUGUCCGUCCUCCAGAUUGGCACAGGUGCUGCCUUCCCAACGACCGUGCCAUGAAGUUAAUUUAAACACAUCAAACCCAGUCAUUUAUCCCUCCGAUUCUAAGACCUCCUGCUGAACUCUCUUUAUUUAUGUGUGUCACGUUGCGGUGCAAUAAUGCUCACGUUUUAACCUGAUCUCUUCAUGUCUCCAUGUCCAUCUGUGCGCACCAGUUCUUCCUGAUUCCAGGAACCACACUGCACUGGUGACGUGUGCACCGGCAGUCUAAUUCCAUCAUCAGCAUCAUUACUGCUAUUAUCUGGUGUCUCCCUUUAAUGCAGGCUAAUGGAUGACCAAUAAAGAUAGAUGAGCCUGGCACUGCGGAACUAAUAGGAAGGACAUGAUGUCUGGCUGCUGUCCUGACUCAAAGUCUCGACUGAUCAAUCGGGCCUGCAGAUGCAACAAAGCAAUAGCACCGUCAUUGCAGUUAUACCUACGGCUCAGCUAACAAUGUUGGCCAUACAGGACGGUGUUCACCAAUGAAGAAAUUCAAAAUCUCAACAUGACCAAGUGUCACAAAACCAGUGUCACACAGACUUUUAUGCUGUUUUAUUGCUGGGCUGCUUGACCUCACACUUUGUUCUUGAUCUCACAACACACUAAGAUGCAUGUCCUUCAGUGUCCCAAAGACGACAAUAUGUUCUUCUGAUCUCUUCUGAGAAUCAUACAGUACAUCUUUAUCCUUGUAUAGUUAUUCCACAUCAUUGCAUCUCAUGUAACACCCAUACCUUUUCACUUAUACUUCAAACUUUACUUGCGCAUGUUUCUGAUCUCCUCAUCCACCGCAGUGGAGCUUCUUCUCUUAGGAAUCCUCAAUAAGGCUGACCAUGGCCUCCAAUUGCUUUGUCAGUCAUUGGAGGAUCUAUUUUUGUCUUUAGAGAAUUUAGGGUUAAAACUGCAUCAACUAGUUCAAAAUAUUACACAUCAUUUCGAAACAAUGUGCGUCCUUUCAUUUCAACAUGUGAAUUCAGUCAGUGGCAGGGAGAUAAGAGCUCAGCAGGCUUUCGCCGUUUGUUUUCCUGUUUAUGGUGGCUUGCGUUUAAAAGAAAAAAUAAAUAGACGAAGACUUUGUCUCAAAUCCAGACAGGCUGCAAAGCCAUUACAAGGCACAUGCAGAGAGACAAUUACCCUGACUGUUUGAUGUUCCACUGUUGAGACAGCAAUAGAAUGCGAUGUCAAUAUGAAAUUUCAGUUUGGAAGUUUUGAGAAGGCACUGCAUAGCGAUGUUCUAAACUAUAAGACACAAAAAACCUUACCUCACGAUAGUGCACAGACUUGAGGCGGGAGUCGACCGACAUCAAUGGCUACUGAAAAACCAAAGAAUGGUGACAGUUAACCUGCCACUACUCACACAAACUCUCUCGAGCCUCAAGACAGUGCAGAAUCAUCAACUGAUCUUAAUGUUUUUAACUUUAUCGCCGCCACACAGACAAGACGCAGGUCCCUGCUCACUUUAAAGCUGUACUUCCUAAGCGUUGACAUUUUAAUGAUGUGAAUUUUUGGUCAAAUGAUGAAAAAUGCAUGUCUAAAGUUUAAUAAACGUUAAAAGAAAGUUCAUCUCAUUAGUGUCCAUCACUGUCACCAAGUCAAAAAUGUCAGACGUGUCAUGUGACUACUGUUCAUUUAUUCACGACUGAGCUUUAAAUGCCAUUUGAAGAUGAAAAUGUCAAAUGAAUCAUCUAUUUUUUUACAACAAAAAGACUGAAGCUUAAUUACAGAAAAGAUCAUUAAUAAUAUUAAUAAUUUCUUUCUCAAUUCAUAAUAAGAGACAUCAGACAUGCUUGAUGUAUAUUGUCCCUUAAAUCCAUUCGUAUGCUGUAAUUUGACCAGAAGUGCUACCACAUCAUAAUGUAUAUGUUAGGGCUCGGGCGACAUGCUUUUAAUCCCAAUACAUGGGUGCUGAUUCCAUUUGUAUUGUGAUACUAUUCCUGGUGCAAUUUGAUACUAUUGAUCAUUGCAACUUUUCUUUUUUUCUUUAUCUAACAAUAGAAAAUCAAUCAUGCACUUCUGGAAAUAAUAUAUGAGUGAUAGUUAAACAAAACAAAAAAAAAAACAAAGCACAUCAGAGUUUCCUGCUGCGGAGAAGAAGUUUGUUGCACCUUCUGUCAGCAAAGUUUUGGGGUCACAUUGUUUCCGUGAUUGAGAGACUGCAUCAGCACAAGAUCAUCGCCGCCUGUCAAAAUGUAAAAAAAAAAAAGAUUCUGGGAUAUUAGUAUAUAAUAAUAAUAAAAAAUUAUUAUAUAAUAUUCAAUGUUAUCAAGGCAAUGAAAAAAGUAUAUUAAUAUCAUAUAUCAAUGUUGUUUUUUUGUUGUUGUUUUGUUUUUCCACCCCUCAACUAUAAUUCUAUAAAACUAUAAAUCUCUGAAAUAUAUUUGCAUUUUAAAAGUACAUAAGAUAAUUUUAGUUCAAGAAAAUAUUGUGUUGUGGAAAGAAAUAAAAGUUACAACAGUAGAGCUUAUGUAUAGCAAAUCGGUAAGGAGUGACCUUUUAUUUACGACAUAACUUUCUUGACUGAGGAACUGAACAUUUGUUGCUUAUAAAUUAAAAAAAAAUGUAAGCCCAGUAAUUUCUUGAUUAAUUAUGAAGCCUGGAUGGACUUUUAAGUUCAGACACUUAAUAACUAAGUUUUAAAGCUUUGAUCCAGGACUCGCUGACAUGUAAGACUCAAGCUUAAUCACAAACAGCUAAAAUCUUCCAAGUCAUUUUUUAAAAGUUUUUAUAGAUGAAGGAGGUGUUUAUUGUAAAGCAACUUUUCAAUUAUUGCAACCGAAGCGGAACAAAAACAGUCUCCACUGGCUUGAGUCCAGCUUUAACAGCCAGUGUUCAUAAGUGCUACUUGCUUGUAAUGAAAAGAGGAGGACAUGUCAUUUUAUUAAAAGAUGUGUUUCAACAUCAAGCAUCAAGUAAAUCGAUGCUUGAUGUCAAGUUUCCUUCUCAUACUGAAACGGAGGCAGUAUACUUGAAGUUUACUUUAUACAUCGAGUCAAACGUAAAUAAGUGUAACUGCAACAUGUACAACUUGCGAAGUAUACUUUGGAAAACUUCAAUGUACUGUCGACAAGAGGUGCCAUAUCUGCCUAGUACACUAGUAGUGUAUAGAAGAGUAUAGUGUCAUUGUUGUGUACUUGAAAGUGUACUUCAGUAAACUCACUGUACAAUGUGUGAAGAAAUAUUACAUUUGUGCACUUUUUAGUUAACAACACUACUACUUGUUGUUCACAAGUAAAAUGAACUUGAACUUUGUGCAAAGGGAAACCAUGCCAACCAACCGAAGGGAAACCAAUAAGUAUAAUGUCUUUAAAUGAAAACAGUCACUUGUCAGUGCAGAUUCUCUCCUAUAACCAUGUGAAUACACUGCUUCAAAAUAACUGAAAAACUCAAAAGUACAAAUGCAGUUUGUACUUUUGAGUUUUUUAACAGUAAGAACACCUAUCCUAAGUCUCAGUUUGUUUAUUAUAUAGUAAUAGUAACGUUUCUGAAAAUGUAAUGAACUCAAUGUAUACCCAAGAUAUUGAUAGUUCUGUUUGAAAAUAAAAUAAAAUUCAAUUUAAAUUUGAGCUUGACUUGAUAUUUCAUCCAUUAAUUACGCCUUCCUGUUCUGCACUGAUGAUGUGGACCAGACAUGAGUAGCCGAGCGCAGACUCCAUCAUCCUCCUCUUCUAUGUGUAUAUUUUUUUUAAUACUUUGUGAGGGAAAAGUGUCAACCAUACCCAAAGUGCAGGAGCAAAGACAAGUAAACAAUGUACGCUUUUGUCCGGUUCUUUGAAGACGCCAGGUGCUGCGCGUUGCCCGUUUCGAGUGUGGCCGACUUCAGACCUCUGCACAGAGCAGAUUUUGAUCAUCAGAAGGUGUAUGUGGUUCACAGAACAGAGGAGAAUGGCAGCGCAGGCCAGCCGUGCCAAGCACAGAUCCUUGCCCUUGCAGAUUCUGUAGAGGAGUUUGAAGACAGUAUAAUGCAAAAGAAGAUGAAAAUUCCCAAGAUGUCUUUCAGGAAUUCAGGAAACUCUGUUGAUAACAGUUUUGGUGAGGAAAGAUCGCCCCUCAGGCACAGAAAGGCCCCGUCUCAUGAUCAUGGCCGGCCACUUUCCAACUCCUCAAAAAGCUUGGCAGCAGUAGUGGCCCGUCUAGAGAGAAACGCUGCAAACUCUUACAUGGAGGGAGAAGAAGAUCUAGAUGAGGAUCGUUUGGCUGAGGAGGGAGAGGAUGCAGAUGAUGAAGAUGACGAAAUGGAGGGCGAGCAUCAGCAAAACUAUCAUCAUCACCAGCAACAACAACAACAACAACAGCAACAACAGCAGCAUUUAGAAGUGGACAGGGAUUGUGUAUCAGAAGUUGCAGCCGCCGUGGUUCCCCGAGUUCUUUACGAAGAGUUGGUCCACAGCUACAGGCAACAGGAAGAGGAAAUGAGGAGGUUGCAGCAGGAUCUGGAGCGAACCCGCAGGCAACUGGUUCAGCAGGCAAAGAAGCUGAAGGAAUAUGGAAGCCUGUUAACAGAGGUCAAAGAGCUGAGGGACUUCAAUCGACGACUGCAGGACGUUCUUCUCAUGAGACUGGGCAGUGAGCCUAUGCAUGACAAUGGCACUCAGACAAUCAAGGCUGAAGUGGUGGAGCCCAUUGUUGAGUCCCAGGAAUCAUGCAGGGAAGAAGCCAACACCAGUUCCAGCUACUCACCGUCUCCCAGAACAGUGUACACCUGCAACGAUGGGAAGGUUCACCUCGGCGGGGGCAUCUGGGUGGAGGAGGAGAAGUGGCACCAGCUGCAGCGAACCCAGGGAGACUCCAAGUUCACAAAGAACCUGGCUGUGAUGAUUUGGGGCACGGAAACCCUGAAAAACCGUAGCGUGACUGGAGUUGCCACCAAAAAGAAGAAAGACGCACUGCCUAAACCUCCACUCUCGCCCAGCAAGCUGAAAAUUGUCCGAGAGUGUCUCUAUGACCGAGUGUCUCAGGAGACGGCGGACAGCGCAGAGAUCACUCAGAGAUUGUCUAAAGUGAACAAGUACAUCUGCGAGAAGAUCAUGGACAUCAACAAGUCCAUCAAGAACGAGGAACGCCGGGAGUCCAAGUUGCUGAUCAGGCAGACGGUCAAGAUGGAGAACUUCACAUACGAUGGCAUGUAGUGAUCACCACGUCAGCGCCUUCUCUCCCCCCCUCUCCCUCCGUCCUCUGGCCGGAGGAUUCCACGCCGACUUGAUUCUUCUUGGUGGGUGGAGGAUGUUUGUCACAGAGCUCCGUUAUGUCUUUGACUACUACUACUGGUUAGGUUUCAACAAAAGAGCCAUCGCCGUCCUUAUAGCUCAGUGUUCCCAGUGACUUCAGACAGCUUCACCCAGCAGCCACCGGUCGGUCACAGGAGGAUUGGCGCGGUGUGAAACGGUGUUUUCCUCUCCACUCUACUCGGGAACAGGGCAGCGUUUGGGUCAGAAGAGAGAUUAGAUGUGAUUGUGAGAUCAUUUCUUAUUGUUCUGUGUCAGAACAUGUUUUUAAACUUUUAAUAAGUAAAGGAUUUGGCGACGCGACCGAGCGCAAAGUUGUUUGUAUUUCAUCUUAGAUACGUGACUGUUUUCUCUGAUCAAUGCUGCCGAUUUAACUUGAGUCUUAAGUCGUGAGGAGACUAAAAUAAGUCAUCGUCGAGCCAGUGCUGCCCUUGUCUUAAGGUCAAGGUCAACACAUAGUGUCAAAGUUGGCUGCUAGUGGAGGAGUUUAACUCCAGGUGGUUGUUUACUGUGGGCAGGAGAGCACAAGGACGGGUUGAUGCAAUAUUCCUGCGUUUACUCUGAAUCAGCACUUGCAGAGAAUUUGACUGUUCAACAGUUAGUGGCACUUUGAUGCCUAGAAAGGCCUUAAAAUGGAUUUUGGCAAUCACCGGAGACUGUCAUGCCUCUGGGUUUUCUAUCAAGCUGUGAUUGUAAAUGUAUAGUAAGCCGAAGUGACGAAACUUCACCUGCACUUUGCUGUGAGAAUGUAGAAGGCGGUUUUGGUGUGAUUUUCCAUGCGCAUUACCGCCGUGGAGCCGAGUAGAGUGACUGACCGCGGGUGAAUACACUGUGGAGGGGAAGUUUAGGUCGUCCCUGUGCGGCCGCCAUGCUAGCUGUGGGCGAAGCUGUCUGACACACCUCUGUGCUGGUGUUUCCUGGGUCCUCUCUAGCUGAAGGUGCCAUAGAAUGAAAGCUUGUGCUCAGAAACAGAUGUUGCGCCAUUUAAGAGCAGAUACAGCUGCAAGUGAGCGCAACACUGUAGUCCUCGUUCGACAUAGACGUCAUUAACCCUAGUGUUGCCAUAGAAACACGUGGCUGGAUCAGUUGACCAGCACUUGUGGUGAGUGAACUCGCUCAGUUGGACAGGCUGCUCUACUUUCACUAGACUUCUACAUGGAGGUACACAGUCAUGUCACGAUUGGUCUUGAAAAUGCUUAUUGUGUUUUAAGCAGACGCCUGAAUAUUGUUAAAUCUAACUAAAAGUGGACCUUUAUUAACAAAUAUCCUGACACAACGGCAGGAAUCAUUUCUACUGUUGCCAUGAUCAGUGGCGCAGCCCAGGGGUUUUUGCUGUUCUCAACAUAAACACUCCUGAACUACAGUGACACAUCGUUCAUCCUAUGGCCCCUUUACGUGUUGGGAACAAAAUAAGGUUGCUUCUGUGACAAUUUCUUCUGAACCAUCCGUAAUCUGAAAAUACUCUUUUUAUUGGUUUGCUGUUUACUCCCCCGCCCCCCGUCCCUUUUUCGGUUGUUUUGAUCCAAAAUGGUUUGUGUGGCCGUCUGCAGGCUGGAACUAAAUGCUGCAGAUUGAAAUCUCGACUGUGACCUAGCAGUGUUGAAACUGUGAAUCUGCUGCAGGGCCGCCUAUCAAGCCUUUCUCCUCCUCACACUCGAAAUGAUAUUUUUGUUGACUUUAAUCGUCUCCAUCGUUUUAUUUCCUUUUAUUUCGGAAAGCUGCGAUAAAUCUUUUGUGAGGCUUUUUUCUUUGUUUUUUUUGGGACAUGUAUGUUAACAUGAUACACAUGCUUUUCUACUUUUUACCAAAUAUUUCAGUUCCGUCUUAUGUUGCAUGUCAAGCUUUUACAUUUCAUAUCAAAGGUUUGCGUCAGAGUCGUCCAAUUUACCAUACAUAUAUGUAUAUAUUUUUGAAAUUGUCUUUGAGCUUUUUGGUUCAGUUUUAUAUCCACAGGUGGAUCUGAGGUAUCUACUCAUGAGAAAAAAAAGUCUCCUAGCCAAAGUUAUCUUGAACAACAGAGCAGAAGCUAUAAUAUAGUAUUCCACAUUUAAAGCAUGCUAAUCUCCAUGCGCCUCACUUAAAAGCUAAUAAUCUCUAUUUACAUUACAGACCGAUCAACUUUUAUCAUUUACGCACUUUAAACUACGAGGCGAUUUUAAUAAUCUUAAAGAAAUGUAUGAUGGUCUUUGUCCUUUUUAAAAACAAUCUAUGUAAUAGAGGACCGAAACAAUCAUUGUAUUAUCAUGAUGCACCUUAGAGGACUUUAUUUGUUGUUUUGUACAGCAAGAAUGGGAUUUGCGCUAUAGGUUGUUCUGUCACAUGUCUGACUUGAGGGUGUUUGAUAAGAUGCUGGUUAUUUUAUAGCUGUCUUCAAGGGGGAAAGGCCCCUUUUGACCCAAAAUGAUGAACAAGAAUUUAGCCGCAUCACGGCCUCCUGAACAGUUAUAGCUUACUUGAACAACUGACAAGCAAGAAGUCAGCAAACACAAAAUGGGCCCCUGCCAUUGAAAAUUCUGCACUCUGACUGGCAUAAAUGUGCUUUAAUUCAGUGCGAUGCUGGAACUGUGUGGGGAAAAUGUGUGUCGAGCAAAUGUGUUUUACUGAUGAGUGGUCACUGUGAGCCAAAGUGAGCGUAAGGACAGUGACUGAAAACGGAUUUGCACAUUUAAACGUCAGAAAUUAAUGUGAAUCUUAAUCGAUUUAAAUGUCUUUCCUCAGAUCCCCCCCCUUCUCCAUCGACUGCCACCCUUGUACAAAGCGAGUUGUGAGGUUAAAUAGAAUUGAAAAAAAAUGGCUGUCAUGUACUCGCUGAAAUUCUGACACAUUGUCACGUGUUGUGUUUGUGUUUUGUUGAUUUGUUGUAUGAUGCCAAAAGGGUUAACCGAUGCUUUAAGCAUUAAUAGAGCUAAAAAAAAAAAAAAAAAAAUUAAAAAAGAAAAGAAAGCAGGUGGGAAAUGUCGACUUCAUAGGCUGAUGUCCAGAACGGCCACCGAUCAUAAUCUUUUAACUAAAACCAUCUUGGUAGGAUCAAAUCUGCAUGAAAGUACUGUAUGUUUUUAAACCCGGAUUUGUUUCAAUCUGUUUAAAAGGUCCCUACAAGGGAGCGGGUUUGGGUUUGAACGGCAUAGUAUCAUCCCCCGCUUUCGUCCCUCCAAAGACGACCUCCCAGUGCUCGAACUGUCGUGCUGCAGUAUGGACAAAAAAAAAAAAAUGUUCAGAUGGUGGGCACUUUUGAUCCCCUACAUGUGCCACGUCUCACUCUCCUGACAUUUCAAUGGACUGUUUUUGAAAUUGUCGAAAAGUCAUCCACCUCCACUGGUGAUUUCUCUGUCCAACCCACAGAUGUGAAAAGAGCUUUAAGUUUGACAGGCUGAUGUGGGGAAAAUGGAUCAGCUGUAUUUUCACAAGAGUUGGACAAGUUAAAUGGCGACUUCUUGUCAUUUUCACACUAUCACACAACUGUUUGAGCCUCAGACACAACGUCCGACUCGGUUUAAAAUAAGCAGGAACACAUUUAGUCUAUAUUUUUCUUACGGUACCCGUAAUUUUGUAUACUAUCCACAAACCGGUUCUACUUCAUCUAACUUCACCGUCCUACCUCAUUGUUACUCUGGUGUUUGUUUGUCAGUGACUGUAAACUAAAUGUGUAUAUUAAAAAAAUAUAUAGGAAGCUAUACCCGGUUACUAAACGUGUACAGAAUAUACAACUUAUUUAACGCCUCAGUUCAUAAUAUCGAUCUUAGAGGAAUUUUAUUACCUGCUUAAAGAUGCUGCUGUACAGGUGGGCGUCUGCGCGUGGGGUCAAUAUUUACCGUCGCUCUUUGCUAAUGUUGUUGUUAAUCGGUGGUUGUGUUCUGUCUCCGUAUCGCAUUCUGAGAUUUCUACUGGUUGACGGGUGCUACCAGCAUACAGUUCUAUACUGAUCUGUCUAUCGGACCUCAAAUGGUGCUGUUUUUUCUAUGUUUUUAUCCUCAUACAGCAGCGUUGUAUUCAGGUGUGUCAACCGCUACUACCCCAACCAGUGAAUCAACUUAUCGAAAUUUAAGCCAAACUCUUUCGCUAGCCGUGCUUCUACUGUAUCGAUGAUAUGCUGUCCAUCCAAAUAUUGUAGAUAUUGGUUGUAUGUCCUCAGCUGUGAUUAUCAGAAGUACCUCAGAAUCGGACGAAUUUCACAUCGCCGCACCUGCUUCCAGUGUGUUGUUGUUGUCGUCAUUGUUGCCGCGCUUUCGUUCAGACCGUGGCUCCGUCCGCGGGCCUGCAGUUGAAUUCAUAGGACGAGGCUGUUUCCUGGCCUGUGGUGGAGCUGACCACAGGCUGACCGACGUGUUGAAGCAGAGGAGGUCCUCAGCAGGACCAUGUUUUGCUUUGAAGAGGGAGAGCUUUGAUUUGAGCUUCAGGCAAAUUCAUGUAUGAAUGCCUUUCUUUACCAAAAAGAUCCCAUCUCUUUCUAAGCCCAUUCAUGGUCCAUCGUCAUCGCGCCCUACCAGCGACCCGCCUUCCUAAAACGGUCGUCUGACCAGACUGCGAUUUUAGCCAUCGAUUUGGUCAGGAAAAAUAGAUGUACUCGGAAGGUACAUUACCACCCAUAUUCUUCUCAUUGCUCCACGUCUGAACUCCACUCCUUGUUUCUGUCUUCACUAACAGCUUUCAUGUCGAUCCCAAAAAUCUACUCCAUUGGAAUGUCAUUUCUGUUUGGCCACUUCAUUCGCGCUUCCAUUACACAGGAAGUGGCUACGACUCAGGAGUGUAUAUUUGCCCAGGAUGGUGACACGUUUCAAGGAUACACAUUUAUUAAAGAAAAAAAAAAAUCAUUCUCUACUGUGUGUUUGUGAACAUCCAAGUCCCACAUCUAAUGUCAAUGUAGCACCGGACAGCACGAAGCAGAAGAUCAGUGAAUACAUCUGUAUAUUUUAUGCAGCAAAGUGUUUUUGUUUUCAUGUUGUUGCUGUUUGUAUAACCAACCGUGAGUGUUGUGCGUCUGACCACAUCUGUGAACAUGACGUGUGCUGGGGAGUUCCUCUCCACUGUGAGCGUUCGAAUGCAGUUAAUGGAAGCACUUAAGCCAUUCGCUGGACUGUUUAAAAAAAAAAUAGAAAAAGUUGAGUACUGAACGUUGCUGUUUGUGGAGAGCUUUGUUGAUCAUUGAAUACCUAUGCAGGUUUUAUUGUGGAGAGCAAUGAGCAGACUGCAGAGGUCUACACCUUUUGAAUGUUUUGGGUGAACUCCUUAAGGGAUUGCUGCGACUUGUCACACACUUUAAGGGUAUUAAACUAAUCAGAGCUUUAACGUGUGUCUCUGGAAUGGCACUGCAGCGAAAGUCAAAACAGAUCAGGUGAAUAAAACCUCAAGACUUCAGCGGCAGACGCUCCCUCGACCUCACAGGCAGCCACCAAUGUUCAGUGUCAGAAAGCGUUCACGUCUUUGCUAAACCGCCACACCUCUGCUACGCGAGCAACUCCGAUGCUUGGCAUCCUGUUGUGUGUUUUCUCUUGCUGCAUUCAGGAACACUUGUUUUAAUGUAUAGGUGAACGGAAAUAAAUCCAGACUUUUAUUCUAUCAGCACAACCUGUGUGAUGUCGUUUCUCCUUUCGCCUGAUGCUCGAGUUUGAGCCUCUUUGAAGCGCCAGGGAUGCAUGUGAUGAAACAUAAACAAUACCAGCCUGAAGCACUCUGGGGCAAAGUGCGGUCCAGGGGCCUCAUGUGGCCCUUUGUAUUUAUCUGGUCCCAUGGUCAGUGUGAAAUGUGGUGAAAAUGUUUUGACCAUAGUUUCCAGUUUUUGUCAUCAUAUUUAACAGCAGCUGUUAAUAGUUUGGAUUUUAUUUUAUUUUUUUGUUUUAGUUUAAUGAUGUU